AUGUCGGAUCAUUCGGAUGAUGGAGAAGAAGAAGAUUAUCCAUAUGGAAUUGACGAAAAAGAUGAAGGAUCUGAACCAAGACCAACUGUCAUAUUAAUGGGAAAAAAGAGGAGUGGAAAAACAUCGAUCCGUAAGGUUGUGUUCCAAAAAAUGUCACCAAAUGAAACGAUGUUCGUCGAAAGUACAGCAAGAGUUACAAAAGAAAACAUUUGCUCGUCGUUCAUUAACUUCGAGACGAUCGAGUUUCCCGGUCAAAUGUGUCCAUUCGAACAAAAUCUUGACCCCGAAAACACAUUUAAGAAAUGCGGGGCUCUUUUGUACAUCAUUGAUGCUCAACAGACCGAUUUUGAACCUGCGUGUAAGACGUUGGUCGAUUAUUUCUCGGAAGCCUACAGAAUCAAUGACAAGAUAAAAUUCGAUGUUUUUGUGCACAAAGCGGAUGGGCUCACAGAGGAAACUCGCGUUGAAACGAAAUUCGAAAUAUAUCAUUAUGUUAAAGAAAACAUUCGACUUAAUAUUGGACACGAUAUCAAUAUUACCUAUCAUCUCACUUCCAUUUAUGAUCAUUCCAUUUUUGAAGCAUUUUCCAAAGUUGUCCAAAAUCUUGUGAAACAGCUUCCAACACUUGAAAGACUCUUAGAUAUUUUCAAUCAGGGUUCUAACGUUACUAAAUCCUUUUUGUUCGAUAUUUUGUCGAAAAUUUACAUCGCCACUGACACUGAACCUGUAGAAAUGAAUAUAUACGAGUUGUGCUGCGACAUGAUCGAUGUCACCUUAGAUAUAUCUUCAAUUUAUGGAUCCAACGAAAGUGGAAAUUCGUUCGACGAGUCAUCUGCCGCUGUGAUCAAGCUGAAAUCGGAGCAAGUCCUGUUCCUCAGACAGGUCAACAAGCAUUUGGCGUUAGUCUUCAUCAUGAGAGAGGAGAAUUACGACAAGCAGGGAUACAUUGAUUAUAAUUUCAUGUGUUUCAAAGAAGGCCUCGAAAAAGUCUUCCUUUUGAAAAAAUAA